UAUCUCCGUUACUAGGCAACUCGUUUAGCUAACGUGAAGCUCAGUAUUUAGAGGGUUAAAGUCAGUAUUUAGAGGGUUAAAGUCAGUUUUUAGAGGGAAAUAUCGCUCGGAAAAUUACAAAUUUGAGCACAAGAGAUACCAGUGCAGAGAUGCAGACGCUGUUGUCUUUAUAUAUCCAUGAUUAUAGCAAAUGAUCCGGUUAUAAUACAGACUAACGGUAGCUUAGCUUAGCUUAGAGACAACAACAACAACAGUCCUGACUGCUCUUUCUCUACUGUAAAGGAAACUCUCCUCGUCACGCUGGCCUCCUCAAGUGACUUUCGGGACAAACUGCGGAAGAAACGACGAGCUUUGCAAGACACUUUGGGGAAAAACAAAAAUGAGGACGACAUUCAGGCUCUGGUUCCUUCUACCAAACUGAGUGAGGAGAAACUGCAGCAAGCUACAAUGAAGGAACCUCAAAGCAGUGAGGAAGACCCAGGAGAGACUCUGAAACGCACCUUAAGAGCUCAGAGACAGAGGAGGAAGAAAAGGCUGCUUGACCAGUCUCCAGGCCAGGAGUCCCGUGAUGAUGAUGUGGAGGAGAUCUCCACCGUUCAGCACCACAGUGAAGAUGAAGGAUCAGCUGAAAAGACUGCAGAUCCUCUGGUUUCAUCAAGACCUCCGACUGGUUCUCAGCGAGGUCUCUCCUCAAGACUCCAGCAAAAACCCAGCUCUCAGCAUCUAGACAGCUUUGUGACGCGGCGCUUGGAAGAGAAACUGAGAGCAGCCAGAUCUAAAGGUGAGAGCCUUCAGCAGGAGGAGGCCUCUCUGGAGCCAGCCAGUCGCCUGCAGAGUCUCAGAGACAGAGACACUGUGACAAGGUUUGACCGACAGGUUGACCCAGACAGAUCUGGAAGACACGAUGACCCUCUGGCCCUCAGCACCAGGGUCACGUUCAGAGAAUCAGCAAGACGAGAAGAAACGGGAAUACCGACUGUUGAGGAGGCAUACAAUUUCUUUACACUCAACUUUGAGCCAGAUCCGCGAGAUGGGACUGAGAGGAAGAGGAGCAAGAGAAGAGAAAUAACAGCUGAGGAGGACAGAGAUGAAGAAGAGCAGGAAGACGCUGAAGUCGAUAAUCAAGAGGAAAAUGAAGACCAGAGUGAAGAUGCUCCUCUUGUGCGAGAGGAAGAUGACAAUUUAUUCGUCAUCGAACAAUCGCCACGUGACUUCCUGGAAGUGAAGAAAGCAGAGUAUGUUGGGUACCGGCAGCUUGUUCGGCAAGCGAGUGAGCUCCUCUUUACGCCGAGUUUUCGAACAGUCCCACACUUUGUAAAACUGCCUGAAAACAUGCAGCCUCGUUAUCUGGAGGACGAGGGUCUGUACGUAGGGGAGAGGCCUCCUGUAUCUCUGACCAAUGAGAACAUUCUGGAGAACCGCAUUUUACAGAUGGAGGAGGGAAAGAAGUGGUUUGGAGAUGACGGCAGGAUCAUGGCUCUGCCUGACCCCAUAAAGGAGUCAUCCACUAGACCCCCUCUCUUCCACAUGGAGGAGGACCUGGACCCUGCACUGCACACUGUGUACAGGAAGGCGAUCAAGUCCAAGUAUGCGAAUCUGUACAUCGCUGGUGCAGCGAACCCCGAGGGGGACUACCAGCUUGACGUUGACGUCUCUGGGCUGAUCUUCUCCCAUCACCCGCUCUUCAGUCGCGAACAUGUCCUGGGGGCCCGUCUGGCUCAGCUGUAUGAUCAGUACCUCACCAGGCAGCGCAAUAAUCUCACAGGACACCUCACUGACAAGUUGAAUGGACUGAGGAGUGCACUGAGGAAUAUACUAGAGAUCCACGGCGGGGAGAGCCUCACUCAAGCCAUGCAGCAGAGGAUAUCUGAGUACAGUUUGGAGGUUAGGAGCACUCGGCUGCUGCGGGACAGCGAGCAGGAGAAAGACAGGACUCUGCUGAAGAACGUAGUCAAAGUGUGGAAGGAGAUCAAGGCCCUGAGAGACUUUCAGAAGUACACCAACACGCCCUAUAAGCUCUACCUCAGAAGAGAGAAUGUGGACCGGGCGUCAGAUGAGCAAGAGUACGAAGAUGAAAUCCUGGCAGAGGUUGUGGAAUUGGAGGCAGAGACCGAGGAGGAUUACCUGAGAAAGCUGGCCGAGUACAAGAAACAGCUGGAGGAGUGGAAGCUCUGGAGAAGGAAACAGAGAGCCAAAAAGAAGAAGAAAAAAAAGAAGAAGAAAGGCCAGGCACAGGAUGACACAGAAGAAGACGAGGAUGAAGAGCAGGAGGUGAGCGAAUCAGAGGGGCCCGCUGAAGAAGGCCCUCCGAAGCCGGAGCCUCCAGAGAAGCCCGAGUUUGACUCCAUAGAGCAGCAGGUCAGAGAGAAAGCCUCCAGGAUACGCAGGAAACCAGGAGAGUCCAUCCUGAUCCCGGAGCUGUCUGCAUCCGGAAACAUCACCGCCAACGAUCUCUGCCCCAGGCCUGAAGUAGCUCGAAGAGAGGACGUCACGAGGCGCAGUCUUUUCAUCAAGAUCAUCUACAAUGACAAAGAAGUGUCCCGAACGGACAAACGCUCCCUGAACUCUGACUUCAGAGUGCACUUUGGACAGAUUUUCAAUCUCAAGAUAAUUAACGUUCCCCAAAGCAUCAAUUUGCAGGUGUUUGAGGAGAUUGGCUCAUCAAGCUCCGUCCUGGCUCAAGUGUUCAUCCCGGUACCAGAAUCCUCAGUGGUGACGGCCAGCGUCCCGCUUGAGGAAUUUGAGUUUAGCAGCAACCAGAGAGUGAUGUUCGACCACGAGGGUGUUGGAAGUGACGUGCCUAUCUCCUUCGAGGCCGACGGCAGUAACAAACAGACCCUGCUGACCUCUGGGAAGCUGUCCUGCUGUGUUUCUUGGGGGACAGGGGAGGACGGUGUACCGCUCGCCCCUGCUCCGUCUCCACAACCUCACGGUGGCCGUCUUGAUGCCGUCACGUGUAUUGGUGCAUCUGGACUAUAUGACAUGAAAAAAAUUGGAGAGUGGGCCGCACGGUCCCGACUGGACCCCAACGAUCCCAAAAAUGCCUCCAUCAUGCAGCUGCUGAAAGUGGCCAGCAGCGGAGAGGUAACCGCUCCAGAGUACUUCCGUCUAGAACAGCUGCAGGAGGAGUUUAACUUUGUGACCGAUGAAGAGUUGGAGAGGAAUAAAAGGUUUCGCCUGCUCCGUCUCAGGAACCAGGAAGUUCCAGAGUUUCGAAAUUACAAGUGUGUUCCUGCUCUGGAGAGGGAGGUCACCGAUAAGGUGUUCCAGGAUUAUGAGAAGAGACUGAGAGAAGGAGAGAUCGUUGACACUAAAGAACAUCUGGAUUCACACCGAGCCUUAGUAGCCAACUACCUCCAGAAGAUCCGAGAAUCGGUCAUCAACAGAUUUCUUCUUGCCAAACAUCACUACCUUCUUUCUGACCUGGUGAUAGAAGAGGAGAUACCAAGCAUCGGGAUUCUGGGAAUGAACCUUUUCAAGCUGGCUGAACCCAAGCGGCCGCUGAAACCUCAGAGGAAAGAGAGGAAGAAGGUGACGGCUCAGAAUCUGUCUGAUGGAGACAUUAAACUGCUGGUGAACAUCAUCCGGGCCUACGACAUCCCCGUCCGCCGGCAGCAGAGCAAUAAACCAGGACCGACUCAGAUUGCCAUCCAGGGCGCUGAUUGGCUCCUCAGCCAGGUACAGGUGAGGCCCUUUGUGGAGGUUUCCUUCCAGCGCACAGUGCUGCAAACAACCACAGCUGAUGGACCAAACCCCUGCUGGAACGAGGAGCUGCAGCUACCGUUCAGCGCCCCAAAUGGUGACUACAGCACUGCUGCCUUGCAGUCAGUCAAAGACGAAGUCUUCAUCAACAUAUUUGAUGAGGUGGUUUAUGAAACCGGAGUGAAGGACAAAGACAAAGGGAAAUCAAUAACCACCCGGGUAGAGAAGCACUGGCUGGGCUCCAUCAAGAUCCCCUUCAGCACCAUUUAUUCUCAGUCCAGGAUUGAUGGAACAUUCAAGGUGAACACACCGGCCGUGUUGCUGGGGUACAGUAAGGAGUGGAGCCGUGGCCCUACUGGAGGUUACGAUACUUUGCGGAGCCUGAGUGAGGGAGCGUUCGUCACCCUCUUCAUCACCAUUGAACCUCAGCUGGUGCCUGGAGAGUCGGUCAGGGAAAAGAUUAUGGAGAUGAAGUUUGACAGCCAAGAGGAUGAGCAUUUACUUCAGGCGUCAGAGAGGUUUGAGAGGGAGGCAGCUCAGGGCUACCCGGACCGACCCUGCAUGACCACCGUCAUCGACCUCAAUGGGAAGACGGUCUUCAUCACACGUUACAUCCGACCACUCACACCCCCGGAGGAGCUUCUGGAUACAUUCCCCAAUAACGCCGCGGAGACGUCGGCGCUGGUUGCCCGAUUUGUCUCGCUCAUCCCUUUUCUGCCAGACAGAGUUUCGUUUUCUGGUGCCUGUGACCUGUGGAGCACCUGUGAUCAAUUCCUCACCCUCCUAGCAGGAGAUGAAGAAGAACAUGCUGUACUGUUGUGCAACUUCUUCCUGUCUAUGGGCAAGACAGCCUGGCUUAUCAUUGGAACUGCUAUACCAGAGGGACCCACAGCGUAUGUCUUGACCUCCGAGCAGAGCCGCUUCCUGAUCUGGAACCCCAGCAGCGCUCAGUUCUACGGACAGUACGACACCUUCUGCCCCCUGCAAACAGUCGGUUGCCUGAUCAAUGCCGAUAAUGUGUGGUUCAACAUUCAAGAAUAUAAGUCACCAAUGACGAUGAAUUUUGACACCUCAAAAGCCCAUUUGUGGAAGCCGUUUUUCUCCGGAUCCUUCGCUCACCCCGGGCUGUCCAGUGUACAACCAGAUGAGCUGAUAUAUCGGCGCACUGACAAAGCAGCUGCAGUAGAGCUUCAGGACAGAAUUGAGAAUAUCCUGAAGGAGAAGAUCAUGGCGUGGCGCCCUCGUCACCCAACGCGCUGGAACCGCUACUGCACCACCACCUUGAAACAGUUCCUGCCCAAACUGGAGCUGAGCGGAGGGCGGGACGUGGCCGAGGGGCAUCGCCACGAGUUGCAGAGCCUGCUGGGAGACCACAAGAUUUCAGGAUUCCCGCUCAAUAUGCCGUUCUCUGAGAUCCGGCCCAUCAUAGAGGCCGUGCACAGCACUGGAGUUCACAACGUUCAGGCAUCAAAUGUGGAGUUUGCUCUGGCCGUGUAUGUGCACUCCUACCCGAAUAAUAUCCUGUCUGUGUGGGUCUACCUGGCCUCCCUAGUGCGCACAUGAUACACGAGUGCUUCACUGCUUUUUGUAUAUAAAAGAGCUUUUAGCUUUAUUCAAGAUACCUUUUUGUUACUCACACACUGUUUGCACAUUAUUGUAUAUUGAAUGUAUAUAAGGGAUAUCAGGUAAAUUCUGUACCUGUUCAUCAAAUCCUGCAUUAAAUCCCACCUUUCUGAAUAAUAUUCAGUUGUUCUUGACUCUUGAGAAUAGACAUUAAUUGGCUUCUGUUGCUGUUGUAUUUGACUGUAUUGAAAUGUGUGGAUCAUUUUUUCUAAUUAUUAAUUAUUUUUUAUAUUUUGUAUUAUUAAUUUAUCUGUGGAAACAGAUGAUUUUUAGUAGUAGAAGUAGUUGUUGUAAUACUCAUUUUGGCCACAAGAGGCUGAAGUGCACCACUGCCCCAUGUUCUAUAUAGGACUGAAAGCAUUAAAUAUCUUAUUAAUAGCAUUUUUAUAGAUGAAUAUUUUAAAAAAAAAUACAUCUAGAGAGCCUUUAGAAAUGUGCCGAAUAGAAGUAUGGCUUUUCCUGAA